AUGAAAAACUUUAAGUUUUAAAUGAAAAGUUAUUAUGUUUAGGAAUUUUUGAAUGUCAAAGAAUCAUGGAGAAAAUCUUUUAAAAUAGCUAUUGUGAUACUAGUGAUUGAGAAUAUCUAGAUGUUAUCAAUUUAUACUUAGAAAUUGGAUGGUUUCGAAUAUGAUUAAUUUUUAAGCCAUAUUAGAAAUUUUAUAGAUUAUUUUAGAUUUUACACCGUAGUUGGAAAUUCAAUCAGCAUAAGAAUUACUUUUAUUCUAGGAGGACUGUUAUUGCAAGGCUUGAUCCUUUUAUUACUGCUGUAUUAAAUUUUUAAAUAGAAAGUGUUUUUAAGAAACAAUUAAGGCAUGCAAAAUUUAGCAAUUGAACAAAAUCUCGAAGAAAAAAUUUAAUAAAAUCACAUCAUAAACUUGACUUUUUCCAUUUUUUUUUAGAUUCAUCAUGGAAUUUUAAUGAUCCCAUUUCUCUUUUGUGGAUUUAAUUUCAUUACUGAAUUAUUCAAGCAAUCUGUUUCCUAUGGGAAUACAGAAAAUAAAUCUAAUUUUGAAUUGUUUGCAAUUGUUUCUGGGUUUAUGAUGAUUGUUUUAUAAAUUUUAAUUGGAUCAUUCAUAAAUUUACAUUAGUUUGAUCACAGAAUGAAAAAGUUUGAUUUUUUGGGCAAAUUUUAAACUUAAAUCAUCCAUUUUCUUUAUGCAUUCUAAUUAUUAGUAAUAUUUUUGUCUGGUAUUUAAGCAUCAGGCUUACUAGUUCAAGUUUUAGGAAUAAUUAAAUCAGUAAUUUAGAUCAUUUGUGAUUAUAAUUAAUAAGUUUAUAUAGAUUACAGGAUAUCAAGGUAUAGCCUUAGAAUAGUGGUAUUAACAGUUAUAUAUUAACUAUAAUUGAUUAUAUGUCAAUUUGGUUAACCAAAAUUAAAGAUUAGCAUUUUGUUAUUUAUAUUGCUAUUUUAUCCUCCAUUGAUAUUACUAACAAAUAAAUUCUUAAUCAGAUAAGAUAUUAGAUAUACUGACUACUAAAACGGAGAUCUGGAGAAAUACUUAAGAAGAUUAUACAUUAUCUUCAAACAAUAAAUGGAUUUAAAAAAGUAAAAAGGAUAUUUAGAACCUAAAUCAUCAUUAGAAAUAUAUGCAUUUAUAUCAAGUCAUAUCAGAGAAUGUAAAAUAUAAAGGGAAAAGCAGAUGCAAAUGAAUAUCAAACUAUAAUAUAAAUGCUUUUGUUAAGAUUUUUAUACUAAAAUGGAUUCUUUUCAAAAUUUUGAGUCAACGCAGUAAUUUGCUAAAGGAUUGAUUGGGCAAAAAAUCGAAAACGAGAUUUAAGAGAAGGCAAAUCCUAAGCUUAUUUUAACUUAUAUUUACUUUUUAAUAUAAAUCAAAAAAGUGCCAAGUCAAGCAAUUUAUGAAGUUAUUCGAUUCUCAAUAAUUUAAAAAGAAUAGUCUCUAAAGCAAAGGGCAAUCGUUUAAAAAUUAAAACAGGAUGCUUUAUAAAAAUUUAGUGAAUUAGUGAAAAAAAAUGAUCUUGUCAAUCAAAAGUUUGUUUUCAAAAAAGUUUAUCAAUACGAAGAAUCACUAAAGUCAGUGAAAAAUAACUUAUGCGUUGUGAUUAAGUAAGAAAAGGACUUUUAUGGAUGCAUUCUUUAGUAGAUUAUUAAUAUUGAUAAGCUUCUAGAUGUAGGUCUUUAAUUAAUUGAAAAUAUCAAAAUCCUUGAAUAUCAAUUACAAUUGUUAUUUAGAACAAAUCCAUUGAAUAAUGAAUGUGACACCAUUUUCAACAUUUUCCACAAAUAUGUUAAUUAUAAUAACUCGAGACCAAAAUUAUACAAAAGAGAAGGUCAAAUAAUGAUGCAAUUUUUAUAAUCAGAAGAGAAGAUAAUCUAUGACCCUGGCAGUUGUGUAAUAUAAAUCACCUUAAUGUAACCAAGAGGAAAUGUCAUAAGAUAUACUAGAUCAUUUUCAAAUGCUAUUGGGUAUAAAGAUGAAGAAAUUUAGGAUUAAAAUAUAAAUAAAUUUAUGCCUUCAAUAAUAGCAAAUGAUCAUGAUUUAUAUUUGGAUAAUUUUGUUGAGAGAGGUAGAAUAAAUGUAGUUAAAAAUGCUGUAAGAGUAAUUUUGGGAAAGAAUAAAUCCUAAUUUGUCGUACCUAUUAAUACUAGAUUAAGAAUAGAAGCUAGUCCAACUGAAUUUGGAGCUACUGCUUUAAUUACACCAGUAAAUCAGUAAUAUGGUUACAUGAUGUUGAAUGAAUAAGGAUAGAUAGAAGAAUUGACUUAAAAUAUUUUUGAAGAUAUUUUUGAGAAACAUUUAGGAUUUGAAGUAGAUUAAAUCAAAGGAUUAGAUUGCUUAUUUUUUAUUCCGGAAUUAUCUAAAAUUUGGGAUUCAUUAUUUGAUGAAGAUUUUGAUAAAUUGGAUAAAAGAUUAGAUUGUUAAUUAAUUCUACCUUUGAUGACUAAAUAGUUAUCGAGAAGUCUUAUACGUUCAAGAUCUAAUAUAUUUUCUAAAUAAAACAUUCAAUCAUAUAUUGCAAAACAAUUUGAAAAUACUCCUAAUGACAAUAUGGUUUAUUAGGUUUCUCUUCAUUUAAUGAGUCUAAUUACUAUAAAUCUUAGAUUAAUCAUUGUUGAAAUCGCAGAAUAUAAAUAAUUAGUGAACCAAAAAAUAACCAGUAGACAAUUUGUUCAAUUAAAAUAUAGAUCAUCAAUAGUAAUAAAUACUUAGUCAUAAAAGGAAAUUCAAACUCAAAAAACAGAUAUCAACUUAUUUUCUUUAAAUUCUCCUCCUAGAGGUCCUCUUUUAAAUGAAUGCAAUUUAGAAUAUGAAGAUUUAAUUGAAGAUAUUAAGAUGAUUGAAGAUUUCAAAACUUAAUUAGCAUCCAUUAAUAGAACUGCUCAAACUAAGUUGAAUGAUCUAUAUCUGCUAUAAAAUAGUAACAACUAAAUUGAGAGAAGAAUAAAUGAAUUUCAAAAGGAUCCUUCAGAAAAAAGUGAUUUUAGUGAAGCUGAUUCAGAUGCCAAAGAAAAAGUCUAAGAAUAAAAUAUCUAAUAUAAUUGUGGAUCUGUUGAUAGUCAAUAAUCUUAAAAUAAUACCACAGCUCUUAAAAGAUAAAUUAAGGAUUGUUUAUCUGAUUCAAAGGGCACUAAUAUUAAAAUCAAGAUGUUUCUACUUUUUAUGUAUGUCUUAGUAAUGUCAGGAUUUUUUGUUAAUUACUUGAUAUUGUAUUUUAAUUUCGAAAAAAUUAAUGAAAACUAAAACUUUGAAAAUUUGCCAUUCCAAUUUUCCUAUUAUUAUAAUGAAUUCAUCAUUGACUAAUCUUUCUUAGCUUAUGAUUAAUUUAAUUUUACAGAAUUAAGUGAAAUAGCCUUUCAAUAUUUCUUGAUAAAUAUUAAAAAUAUUGACAAGACCAUUGUUUUAUUACCUCACAUUAAUCUAAUAGGUAACCUAACUAUGGAAAGCAGAAUGCUGAAUAUUAUGUCCUAAUUAGCUCAAGUAAUUAGCAUGAAUUAUUAAAUUAACUAAUCAGAAUUCUAUAACAACACUAAUGCGUUUAAUAUUUAGUUUGCUGAAAUUGAUAACACAGAUUCUACAAAAAAUUUGCGCAGUUUAUCAAUUUACGUAAUUAUUGAAGAAAUAAUCUUAUUAAUUUUACUUGCACAAUACCUUUAUUUUUUUGUUCGAAUCUAUAAGAUGAAAUAGAAAGUAUAUCAAUUAUUUUGUACUUUCCCAAAAGAAUUAAUUUCAGAACAAUUUGUUUAAUUCACUUCGCUUUAUGCUUAAUUAAACAACACUAGAUUUCGAAAUUAUGAAACGGAUGAAGAAUAAUUUGAAACUACAAUGAUGCAUUAGUAUUAAAAAACAGCAACCUCAAAUAUGCUAGAAAAGCAUAAAACAGUUGGGAAAGAAAUCUCUAUGAAAUAAAUUAAUUCAGCCUAAAUCUUAUUCUUUUUGUUUGUGGUUCUGUACGCCAUGCUUUGUUCUUCCUAUUUUAUUGGAAGUUUUAUCUUAUAACAGGUUACAUAACAAAGCGUAUCAGCAAGAUAUCAAGAAAAAACAACAUUUUCAUUAACAUUAAAUUCCUUAGCAUCUACCUUUGCAUAAUAAGCGAUUCUCUUAAAUCAUACCAUGACAUCUGAGAUGGUUGAUACCUAUAAAUUUGCUGUCUAAUAAUUGGGAGCACUGAGUACUAACCUCCCUUUAUACCAAGAAGAUCAAAACUAUUAAGUUUAUAGAAUCUUAAUUGAAAAUUUAUGCAAUUUGUUUUAAAGUUAAUUGUCUUAUGACUAUGAAGAUUAUUAAACUCUUUUCAGUCUUGGGUAAUGUUAAUUUAUUUCGAAUCUUGAUCAAGGAUUAAGUACAAUGGUUUAAGGUUUAUAUUAGAAUUAAUUUGAUUUUCUGUAAACUAUUUCUACAAAAGGUUUAAAUUCAUCUUUGAAAUACAAUUAUGAUAAUCCUUUAUUUUAAGUUUAAAGAUUGUAUGCCUAAUAUGGAUUUUAAGUGAUAAUUGAAAUACUCACAAAAUAAAUUAAAUCAUUGAUUAACUCAACAUUUAUAAUUAACACAGCUGUCUUUAUUUUAGCAUGUAUAAUUAUGACCAUUUCAUUAAUUACCAUUAAAAUUAUGAUAGAGAAAGUUAAAUAUUAAUAUUACGAAAGCAAACAACUAUUAACAGUGUUUCCAUUUGACAAAUUGAUGGAAAAUGCAUAUGUAAUAGGCUUUAUUACACAUGAUUAGCAUUUUAAAGUAUGA